GCCCGUCGUGUCAUGGAGGAUCUCCUGCUGCAGAUCGUCAGGGAGUCGAACAAUGCGAAACUACAAAAUUUACGAAAAUCAGCGCAGGAAGCGUACGAUUUUUUGGAGAAGCAGAAAGGUUUGCUGCGAGAUCCGCCGUACAAAUUGCGCGCGAAAUGCUUACACACGUUUCAGCUAGCGUUGGAAAGCAAGAGAAGCAAAUUCGUUGCCUUUGGGCUCGCGGGGUUACAUAAGAUGUUGAGGGACAAAAGAUUUCAAUCGAGGACGAAAUUUUGGCACUACGAGCCAGAGGACGACUCGUUAUGGUUGCCCGCGCAAAUGCUGCACGCCAUGAGCUCUAUCGUCUCACAGUCCGACGACACGCAGACGGAUAUGCUCAAAGUUUUAUUACAAGUUGUCUGUUCCCCUUAUUGGACCAUGAAUGGCCGUCUGAUUAUCGCUUUACUGACCACUUGCUGCGAAGCUUUCGAAAAUGGAAAUCAAGCCGUGCGCACGGCCGCACAGGCCGCGACCAGCCAAACGUUGCGAUCAUUUUGUCUCUUUUUAGACGAGGAGUGUCAGGAGAUGGACGAGAACGCCAAACGGAACAAGAAUCAUUUCCUACUCCGCGAGCGUGGCAUUUCGUGCUUCAACGAGGCGCUGCCAAUUUUGCAGUACAUCUGCAGCAAGCUGGACGAGGCUCAGAACAACGGCAGAAACGGCAACACUGUGGUCUUCCUGCUAGAAUGUCUGCAUACACUCAUAUCGUCGCUACCGCAGAAGAUUCACACAAACGCGCAUUUUACGACCUUCCUGUGGCAAAAGUUUUGUCCCGCGUUGAUAGCCUUCCUGGGCACGCCCCGGGUAGAUAAGACUUUUACCUCUCGCGAGGGAAAGGAAAACGAGAUCGGCAGAGGCUCCGGUUACUUGGCCACGUCGUUGAGCUUCGACAGUCAUCAGGCUAAGACUGUUUAUAGCAUUGGUACGGAACUGGUGAGAUUGGUAGGAUGCGUCGGCCCGUUGAGACCGGUCUUGGAAUCGGUGUUCCAUAGAAUGCUGUUGUAUCCACCGCCGCAGCAACGGCUGGAACCGUUGAAGGCGCUAAAAGAAUUGUUGCGCAGUCCUAGUCGCAUGGUGGAUUUCGCCGGACCGUUGCUGGUGGAGGAGGAUCGAUCGAGCCAUAUACAAAGUGACAUGGCGUUGAUGAGAUUAGCUAUGGAUUCGAUUGAGGAGUCAACAACGGGUGGACUGGCUAUACUGCACGCAAGCGUAUCCUGCGUUGUCGCUAUGCUGUCGGCGCUUCAGGAACUUUGCGAGGGCAAGGCGAUUAAUCACAAUUACACAUGCACGAUCAAUAGUUUGUACGAAGAUUUGGAAUCCUGCGACUACCGCGGUCCUCUGACCUACCAGAGCAUGGCACGGUUGCCAAAAACAUAUAGGGAACAAUUGGAGUUAAUGAAGAAAAGCAUGAUUUCGGAUUCCGACUCGUCGGGGCACGGACCGUCGGAGGAGGACGGCGAUUCGACGGACACCGAAGGUCCGCAGAACGAGUCGGAUGACGCGCAAGAAGAUAACAGUCCCGACGACUGCACCACGGAAAACGAGUGUGAAAAACUGAGAUUGAAAAAAUUACCAAAGUGUCUUCACGUGGGCCGACAAGUGGCCGACGAGUGCAAUGUUGAUGUGGAGAGACACAAUGCCAGACGGUUCGUGAAAACGCUCAGAACCGAUCUGAUACCGAUGGUGCUCUCUUUGAGAAGCAACAUCGAGGUGGACGAAGCGUUGCAGAACUUUGCUUCCGAAUACUGUCAAGGAGUGUUUGCAGCUCAGCAAAAACUGCAAGAAGAAGCUGACGCGGAUUCGUGCGCAUUGAUCACGAUUAUGAACGCCGAUGGGAUUUAUUUGGCGACUUACGCGGCGUUGAUUCUCAAUUUGAAAUUAAUUCGAACGAAUUAUUAUCACGAGGAAAGCCGGCCGGUACCAGACGUGCUUAGCGAGGAGCAAUUUGUAGAGGAAGUGCACGGAUCGGGAGUGCUGGUUUAUCUCUCGGCCACGUGGCUCUCCGAGUUGUAUCAACAAGUACUCGCUUGCAAUUUGCUCGAAAAGUGCGGUUACAAUCCCAGCUCCACUGAGAAUAACGCACUGAUCAACGUUCUCACUGACGUGGACGGAAUACCGGGUAGUCAGAGAGGCGGACAAUUACUGUCCGAUUACAUAAGACUGGAACGAGUCCAGCUUUCUCGAAGCGAGCCAACUCCGGAAGAAGAAGCCGGCGCAAAACUCUCACGGCGAGUUUUGACUUGCUGUUGGGGCAGCAUGAUGACGGUUCUCACGAUGGGGUUGAAUCCUCCCAAAGAGGAAACCAAUAAGAGCAUUCUGAACAGAGACGGCGGCAAACGAGGAGUCAGGGACACGGUUGUUCUGGCGCUUGAAGGUCUUCACAAGGCUGCCACAUUGAGCAACAUACUUGGUUUACAAAAUCGCUGCGGUUCCAUUUUCGCUCUGCUAGCAAAGGCCGCCUGCACCGAGCAAUCUAUUUCGAAGAUUACUCGCAAAAAGGAUGUGUUGCGACUUAAAUUACAGAACAGAGCGACCAAUAUUCACACGUCGCACGCUCUCAGUAUGGACGUGCUGCUGGGAAAAGGUCUGGAGCUCGGUAGCCACGGUAACGACUGUUGGCCGCACGUUUUCACAUGUUGUUUAUACGUGAGCAAACUGGAACACGACUUCUUCGGAAGAAAUCAAAAUCCGUCAUUGCCCAAGGCUCAUCAGAAAAAGGAGAAAAAAGAUGCGGCAAAUGGAGAUGCCAAGAAUGGUCAGGAUAAACUUCGGCUGAACUUCAACAUAGCCGAUGACGAAGAGUCUUGGUACGACACACAAGUAUGGAUUAUUUUGGGACCACACUUCAUGGAAGCGGCUUGCCACGAAGAUCGCGGCAUCUCGAAAAAAGCCGUUCAGUGCAUUCACGAUUCCAUGGCGGCCUUGUUGAACGAGCAGAUAGAACUUCCCCACUUCCACUUCAACGAGGCGCUGUUCAAACCGUUCGAAAAUCUCCUGUGUCUCGAACUUUGCGACAGCGACGUGCAGGAUCAGAUCAUCAGCUGCAUCUGCGAGUUCGUCGAGACGAAUCGCACCGAGAUACGUUCGGGUUGGCGUCCGCUCUUCGGCGCUCUUCGAGUGGCGUCGAUCGGUAACUCGGAUUCCGUAGAAUCGGCACCUUUGCUGGAAGUCUUCAGAGUCUUUCUCUCAACUGACAACACUCUGGUCUUCGCCAACGCCGCCCUCGAUUGCAUCUUGUGUUUGCUUAAGCACGUGAGAGGUAUCGGCGACAACCAGGAGACCCAGGUCAAAGAAACCGAGAACAUCGACAGCGCGGAAUCGAGAAGAAUGCGUCUCUGCGUGGAGAGUUUAAAAUAUCUGCUGAGCUGCAGCGACAUAUUGUCAUCGAUGUAUCGCAUGCCGGCAUGUCCGAUCUUUCAUUCCGCUCAGAGAAUUCAAGUAUCAACAAUCCCGCAGUACGUGGAUCCGAUCAUACCGAAUCUCGAACUGACCAGAUUCGACAAGCACAGCAUCGAAUCGAUGCAGGACGUCAUUCCGGAAAGAUCGUACGACGUGUUGAGCCCGCUGAUCGACAAAGACGCGCAUUCCGUCGCCACGUUGCAAAGUUUGGACAAACCAAGCGGCAUUCUCAGAGUUUGGUACAUUCUGAUCGAAGGUCUGGCGAGCGCGACGAUGAUUUGUCCGAGACGUUAUCAACCACACACUCUCGAGACUCUGUUUCAUCUGUUGCGCGACAUUCUCAACGUGCCCGGACCGUCAUUCGGGCUCUACUGCGUUAAUCAUCUGCUGUUGCCGAUGGUGCAGAACUGGUUGAGAAAAACGUCCAAGAUCUUUCGCGGUUGGGACAACUUCGCGCCCAACUUCAAGCAGUGCUGCGGCCUAACGACGGAUCUCGUGGUCGAUUAUUUGACGCAUCUUCAAGGUCCGGAAGUUGUCAGAAACGACGCCUACUUGCCCGCUACGACGCUUAUGUUGAAACAACUUUUAUUGGUGAUGGCGGAAUGCGUGGUACAGCCCACGGAGAGCAUAGCUCGUCUAGGUUGCGCUUGCAUCAGGCACGUCCUGGUGAGCAGCGGGCCGCUUCUCACCUCGGAACAAUGGGAGGUUUGCGGUGUCGCGUGUUAUCGCGCUUGUUCGAAUUCGCUGCAGGAGCUGCACCAACUGACCAUGGCGUUCUCACCGAGAUCCGAGUCUUUUUACGGCGACGUUGCCCAAGUGAAGGUCGCGGCGCGUCGAGACGCGACACCGGAAGAGACGGAACGACUGCGACAGCUCGCCGCCCAGGUGAGCCAGCUGCGCGAGGUAUUGACUGCCGUCAAGAGGCAGAACGCGGCGUCACUGACGACGACGCCUUUCCAGGAUUUGAUGACCAUUGAGACGACACUGAUCGACCAGCACACUACCUCCUACCCCGUCGGUUAUAGGCAGCACACGACACCCCCCGAUUACACUAACACUACGACGAACACAGGCCCCCAAUGGCUCUACGAUCUUGGACUUCAUAAUUCACGUUUGUGUCUUCAGGUGUUCCUCCUGGAGGAACAGACGCGCGUCGAAGAUGCCUCGCGGUCGCCCGAUGAAAGGUCGUACGUGUUCCUUUUGUAUCCUCCUGCUGUAGGCACAACUCUUAAUCCUGAUCUCUACAUCGUUAGAGUUCAACUACGCGCGUUAGUGGUUGGGCUUUUGGUGCAUCAGAUGCUACUUCAGUGCAUCGCGAGUGUACUUCUUCAGGGUGCAGGCAUUCCGAUUUCAAGCUUGUCCCACGUGAUUCCUCACUCGACGCCGUGCAGCUCCCCCAAUCUUAACGCCAAACGAGGUUUUCUGUCCUAUCUGAAUUCGCAUCACUUGGAGAUUUUUCUUUCCGCUCUGGAUCUCGCUUACGUCGCGGCGUUGAAGUUUGACUGUCGACCCGGUUUGAAGUUUCUGGUUCAGAAGGUCGCGAAUCUCGAACAACCGGCGAAUCUGUAUCGUCAAGCGGCCGCCGCCUGGACCAUCAAGAUCGUAACUUUGUUGGAAUUGUGUCUGCGCGAGAUAGAGGAGCUCCACGCGACCCUGGAACUGGUCAAGAUCAUCCUGGGCACGGGUUUGAGCGACAGGGAGUGCGUCUACGACGUGAAGCAUCGCAAGCUCACCAAGUAUCUUCGACAACUCCGCACAACGUUCGAUGAACUGUGCGAGACUUACGUCGAAGUGGUUCUCGACGAGGACGGCAAAUACACCAAAGUUGACAGUUUCGCGGAGAGGAAGAUAUUUCUUCUGGUUGCGCAACCCGACGAUUAUCCCGAGAUCACCAGAAAAGAACCCAUCGACGAUCGGCUUGUUGCCAGCACUCCGGCACCCAUCGAAUCGUUGAGAGAAGAAGAUCGCGAGAUUCAACAAAUUAAUCCGGAUCAAUCGGAUCGGCAGUACGACGAGAAGGAGGACGAUCAGGACGAUCCGGACGACGCCGACGUGUACAAUCCGAACUUGGACGAUGAGAGCGGGUUGGAGGAACUCGGAGACGAGAGCGAGAACGAUCCGAGACCUUUCAGAUUGUCGGACUUGGCCGCCGAAUAUUCCACCGAUUCGGGUCCGCAGUCCGAGCCGGAGACCGACGAUUCCAGACCGAUGUCCAGACUCGGUUCGGUUACGGAGAAGAUCGUUUAUCCCGAUCGAUCCGGCGGAACUUCCAGCGAGGGUUACAUCGAUGUUAAAUAUAACGCCGUGACGCCGGCACCUACCAGAUUGAUAUAUCGCGGUGACGACGAUCUCUGUUACAAUUCGGAUUCACUCUGGAAAACAAAGUCGACCGACACGUGUGCGGGAACGUCAACGAAUGCGAAGACGCUGGAUCGAAAUGCGUUCUCUGCCGAGAGUUUUUUAUAUCAAAACUCAUACUCGGAAAGACGCGGUAGCGAUAACGUGUGCCCGUUAUCGAGGAGGAAAUCCUUGACGUUUGUCAAGACGGAUCUCGAGGACGCGCGUCAGUCUUCGUUUUUGGCCGAUUUCGCGGAUCUACGACCGAAAUCGGUGAUGGAACUUCGCGGCAAAACCGUCCGGACUAUGUCCGACGAUCCAACGAAAAAAGAAACUCGCGAAUCGGAAGAAUGUAUCGAAGAGAAAGACAGGAACAAUUCGAAAUCUUCGCAAAUUCUCGAUAAUAUAGACGAAUUGCUGCGCGAUUACGAGCGCAGCAAGCGUGGAUUCAGAACGAAUCCCUUUUUGCGGAACGAAGAUGAGAAAUCCGCGGCCGACAGUCAGCCGGUCGCUAAUCAAGAAACAGAAUUUCAACGAGGAAACGUAACCAAAGACAGCGAGGCGCAUAGAAAAGCUUGGGCCGAUACUUUGGGCGCCGCACUGGAAUGGGCCUUGGUUUUACCGGACGAACGACUGGCUCCGUUGCUUCCGGUUUUCGUCGGCGGCGUCCGAAUACUGACCAGACACGCCGUAGAUCAAAGUCUGAAGCAGCGUCUCUCGGCCUUGUUUCACCGUAUCGCCGUACUUUACGGACUGACAAAUAAUUAAUAAAAUCGAAUGAAUUUUUCAAAAUAAAAACACGCGUAAUCGCGAGACUUAAUCGUAAGACUCUUCGAGAAACGAAAAAAAAAAAAAAAAAAACAACAAAAACAAUUUGAUAUGCCCGAUGAUUUAUUUUGCAAGUUCUUUAACUCUCAUUCUGUGAUCUCGGGGUAUACGACGCGUCCGCAGAAGAAAUGGGAGAAACACAACAGGAUCCGAUGUACCUUUAUUUGCAAAUGUCUAUCAAAUCGUGAUAUUACAAAUCGUUGGGUUACGAAAAGAGUAAGAAAAAAAGAAACAAAAAAACACGAUGUUCUCGUUUCCGCGCGCGCGCGCGCGCGGAUCUUCUUCUUUCCGCGCAUGUGAUCGACGCGACGACACGUCAAAAAGACGAAGAGUUUAUAUUUACGAUUCACUCCUCACGCACAUCCCUCGAUUCUCUCAUUUUAUGCUUCUUGCGCUCACCUGUAGUUUGCGGUCCCCGCUCGCGUAGUCUCGGGUAUUGCCGGAUUUUUGCUUCCAAUGUAUAAGGUGUGUGAGAACGCGGGCGAAGUCCGCACGCAACGCACGCACACGCGCGUGUUAUGACGAAUUGUACGGAACGGUGAAUACUGGCACUUUCCUGUUUACAUGCCAAAACAUGAUCCAGUAGUAGCGGAGCGUAGUGUCAUUUUGUUUUUUUUAACGCGGCUUGCCAAACAAAUUGUUGAAAUUAUUUAUUGCGCCGUUAUAUGUUUUUUUUUUUUUUCCACAUAAGAGAAAAGAGAAUAUAGGACUUUAACGAGAUGUUAAGAGAGAUCGUAUAUUCUUUGCAAGUAGUAUUAAAUUUUAUUGUACAUAACGCUGUUGGGGAAACGAGUUUGAGAUAACGAGAGAACGCGAUAAUUUAUAUUACACAAUAUUGAUGUUAUUUUUUUUGUAUUUAAUUUGUAUUUUUGAUUUGUGUUUUUUUUUUUUUUUUAUUUUUUUUUUACAACCGAUGUAGAGUUAAUAACCGAAUGUUGAUGUAUAUAUUAAAUGUUAUCUUCCGAUGUUUCACUAUGUAUAUUGGUAUAUAUAUAUAUAUUCCAUAUAAACAUUUGUAAAUGUUGUUGAGCAUCAGAUGGUUUAAACGGACGGAUUAAUAAUUGAUAAUAAAACGUGCCUAUGUAUAUCACCUGUUUUCUCUCCAAAAAAAAAAAAUUUCCAACUAUAGAUGUAUGGAUAUAUACAUAUAUAUAUAUAGCGAGCGAAUGUGAGAAUAACGAGAUAAUCGUUAUGCGAAUCAAUGCAGCUAAAGCGCGUCCAUGUACAAGAUACACAUAAAGUAUAUAUAUAUAUAUACGCAUAUACUUGAUAUAUAUAUGACAGUUCACAAUGUGGAAAUGUAUCUGACAACAACAAGAUGUACGAACGUUAUA